AUGGCCUUUUCUGAACUCCUGGACCGAGUGGGCAGCCUGGGCCGCUUCCAGGUUCUCCAGUCCAUGGCCUUGGUCAUGCCCAUCAUGUGGGUCGCCACUCAGAAUAUACUGGAGAACUUCUCAGCUGCUGUGCCAGGUCACCGCUGCUGGGUGCCGCUCCUGGACAACGGCACUGCCCUGGCCGGCACCCCCAGUGCCCUGCGCCCUGAGGCCCUGCUGGCUGUGUCCAUCCCACCGGGCCCCAACCAUGGGCCUCACCAAUGUCGCCGCUUCCGCCAACCACAGUGGCAGCUCCUGGACACCAACAGCACGGCCACCAACUGGAGCGAGGCCGCCACAGAGCCAUGUGUGGAUGGCUGGGUCUAUGACCGUAGCACCUUCACCUCCACCAUCGUGGACAAGUGGGACCUGGUGUGUGACUCUCAGGCCCUGAAGCCCAUGGCCCAGUCCAUCUUCCUGGCUGGGGUCCUGGUGGGAACCACAGUGACUGGCCAAGCCUCUGACAGGUUCGGACGCAGGCUGGUGCUGACCUGGAGCUACCUUCAGGUUGCUGUGUGGGGCACGGCGACCGCCUUUGCGCCCAGCUUCCCCGUGUACUGCCUCUUCCGCUUCCUGGCGGCCUUGGCCAUCACGGGCAUCAUGAUGAACACCGCCACCAUCCUGAUAGAGUGGACAUCAGCACAAGCCCGAGCCAUGGUGAUGACUUUCAGCAACCUGGGCUACAGCUUCGGCAUGAUCCUGAUGGCCACGGCGGCCUACGGCAUACGCGACUGGAUGUGGCUGCAGCUGGUGGUCUCUGUCCCCUUCUUCCUCUUCUUUGUGUACUCCUGGUGGCUGCCGGAGUCUGCGAGAUGGCUCCUCACCAGGGGCAAGGUGGAGCAGGGCCUUCGGGAACUGCAGAGGGUGGCUGCCAUCAACGGGAAGAGGGCAGUGGGGGAUGCACUGACCACGGAGGUCUUGCUCUCAGCCAUGCAGAAGGAGCUCAGCGUGAGCCAGACUCCCACCAACUUGGGCAACCUGCUUUGCACACCUGGACUGGGCCUCCGGACCUUCGUCUCCACUCUGUGCUGGUUUGCCUUUGGUUUCACCUUCUUUGGCCUGGCCCUGGACCUGCAGGCCCUGGACAGCAACAUCUUCCUGCUCCAGGUCCUCAUUGGGGUCAUUGACAUGGCAGCCAAGAUAGGCACACUGCUGCUGCUGAGCUGCCUGGGCCGCCGCCCCAUGCUGGCAGCAUCCCUGGUGCUGGCGGGGCUCUGCAUCCUGGCCAACGUGCUGGUGCCCUACGAGAUGAGGUCCCUGCGCUCAGCCCUAGCCCUGCUGGGGCUCGGGUGGAUAGGGGGCACCUUCACCUGCAUCACCAUUUACAGUGGUGAGCUCUUCCCCACCGUACUCAGGAUAACCGCAGUGGGCCUGGGCCAGAUGUUGGCCCGAGGGGGAGCCAUCCUGGGGCCUCUGGUUCGGCUACUGGGUAUCCACAACCCCUCACUGCCCCUGCUGCUGUAUGGGGCGGUGCCAGUGCUGAGUGGCCUGACCGUGCUGCUGCUGCCUGAGACCCGGGGCCUUCCGCUGCCCGACACCAUCCAGGAUAUACAGAGCCAGACAGUAAAGAAGGCAACACAUGAUACCCGGGGGCCUUCUGUCCUGAAAUCCACACAGCUUUAGACUUCCUGAGAGCCUGCAAUGGGACCGGGGAGGAGCCUUCUGUCCUCCACUGAAGGCAGGAAAGCAAUGGCCUCGAUUUCCAGAGA